AUGGCUGGUGUGGUGCGGCCCAAUAACCAGCUUGAUCAAUUCCUCACCUGGGCGAAGGAUCGUGGCAUCACUUUCAACAAUAAGGUCCGCCCAGCCCAGGUGGAUGGCAUCGGUGUCACCAUGGUGGCGGACUCUGCCCUCAAGGCCGAUGAGGAGAUCGUUCAAGUCCCUUCAGGUGCAUUAUUGAGGUUCCAGUCGAUUCCCUAUGCUUUCCGUCGAAAACACGGGCGCAUAAGCGUUCAUGGUCUUAUCGCUUCAUUUUUGGCUUUUGGUGGAUCUGAGGUCGAGAAGUAUGGUCUCUGGAAAGCCACGUGGCCGUCAAAGCAGGCAAUGAAGGACUGCAUGCCGAUCUUGUGGUCAGAAGAUCACUGGACAGCAGAAGCUUGCCAGCUACUGCCACCAUCUAUCAAGUAUCGGAAGCGUCUAGGUCGAGCUAUUAGCUCCCCUGACACCAAUGCACAAAACUUGCUUGAUCACCAAGAGACUAAGCUGCAGAAAGAUUGGGAGGUCGUAAAACAUACAGACGGCUUCAUCCUAGACAGAAACAAAUGGGAUUUACUGUUUCUGGACCACGUUGUUGGAUCGAUCCUCACCUCCACAGAUGUGAGGAGUCGUUUAGCAAAUGUAGGAUAUCUAGGCGAAGGUGUCUGCCAUCGCACUCACGUCGCUGUGAGGAUUCAAACUCUGGGCCAAGACCAAUGGGAGGAUUAUGUCGCCGGUCGGCUCUUGGAAACCGAGCAACAAGAGAUUGAAGCUGAGACCUUCCUUGUCAAAACCAUAUUGAAGACAUACUUCGAGGAAGCAAAGAAUGCUAUAAGAAUCCUAGAGACAAGUAAGGAUUAUGGUCGGUCAGCUCAGUGGGAGCUCGUAUUUAAGCGUUGGAAACAAAUUAAAGAGCUGAUCGUUCAAGCCUUUUCGAAUGGCAUCAGUGAGAAGGUGCAAGCACAAGUGUUUCAGACAUUCGACCUUCUGCGAUGA